AUGAAACUAAAGCUGGCGUUAGCUUCACUUUCACGGGCACUACCUUUUUCUAAUCUUUCCCGGGAAGUGACGGUGGCAAGGGCCAAAAGAAUAGAGAACGGAGUUGGGCUCAAGUAUCUAACUACGUCGUCGACCAGCAGAGAACCGGCGGAUGCAGAAUUUGCAACGGCUAAAACUUCAGUGUGGUGGGACUUUGAGAACUGCAUGGUCCCCAAAGGUUGUGAUGGCCAUAAGAUUGCUCUAAACAUCAAGUCGGCUUUGGAGAAAAACAAGUAUUGUGGUCCUCUCACCAUUGGUGCAUAUGGUGACACCAAUAAAAUCCCUUCCUCUGUACAGAACUCUCUCUCGUCAACCGGCGUAUCACUCAUUCACGUCCCUCCCGGAGUAAAAGACGGGAGUGACAAGAAGAUACUUGUUGACAUGUUGUUGUGUGCAAUGGAAAAUCCAGCUCCUGCUAAUAUGAUGCUCAUCUCUGGUGAUGGAGACUUCUCCUAUGUUCUUCACCGAUUGAGGAUGAUGGGGUACAACGUUCUUCUAGUGCGUCCUGAUCAGCAUGCAUCUCCCUUUCUGAUUGCUGCUGCAAACACAAUGUGGUUAUGGAGGAGCAUAGUUGCUGGUGGAUCGUGCACCGAGGUUCCUAAACAAGCUGAGCCGAGCAAGGGUAUGAGCUCAGAUUUGGCCGUUAAAAGCAAGAGUGGCCAGAAAUCAUGUGAAACAUGCAAAGUUACUUGCACAAGCGAAGUUGAUUUAAACUCUCACCUCUCAAGUAAAAAGCACAAGCAAAAGACCGCGCUAGUAGCCAGUCAAAGCGCUCAUGCCAAAGUCAAACCAAAAACCAUGUGGUGUGGCAUUUGCCAGGUCCAUUACCCAACAGAUGGGCAUGAAGAACAUAUCUCAGGUCGUGGACACAAAAACAAACUCAAAGUUCAAGCUGCGUAG